AUGCUCAUCGCCAUCUUGGAGAACUCCUACGAAGAGGAGACGUCAUCCGUGGUGACGCAGGUGUCAGACCUGGUCCUGGUUUCAGGGCUCUCACCCAAGACCUUCCAACCAGUCAGCCUGGUGACUGCUCAGAGAGUGACGGUGGCACUGCCAGGCCCCUGCAGAGAGUCUCAAUUCAACAGUGAUCCUGCAGCCCUCCAGGGCGCCAGCCCAGGCCCCGGCCCGACCGUGUGGUCGGAGGCUGGGCAACAGGUGCCGUCCAUGGCCCAGGGAUCAGGUGCAUGGGACCUGGCACGAUGGCCCCUCUUCCCAGAAGUCUCUUCUGUUCACUGCCUUUUCCGGGCCCACCUGUCACCUGUGGCCCCGUUCUGCAUUGCUCACGCAGCAUCUCCCCGGCUGGCCAGUGCACUCCCUGAGGGCAGGCUCUGUCAGUGCGCCUCGCCUCCCCGCCAGUUCGCCUCCCAGCUAAAGGCACCUCUUCACAUCAUCCUGUCACGAUCUCUUGCUUCAUCUCUGUCCCCUUUUUCUCCUCCAGGUUAUGAAGAGGACAAAACAAAACCAGUCUGUGGCAAGCCCUGGUGGUCAGAGGACUUAGACGCAAAGCACCAUUGGCCCUGGGAGGUGAGCCUCCGGCUGGAGAAUGAGCACGUGUGUGGCGGGGCCCUCAUCGACCCCAGCUGGGUGGUGACCGCUGCCCACUGCAUCCAAGGCACCAAAGAGUAUUCGGUGUUGCUGGGCACCUCCAAACUGCAGACGGUGCUCGCCAGCAGGACCCUCUGGGUCCCCGUGAAGGACAUCGUUAUGCACCCCAAGUUCUGGGGCCGGACUUUCUUCAAGGGCGAUGUUGCCCUUCUCCAUCUUCACACCCCCGUCGCCUUCGGCAAGUUCGUGCAGCCCAUCUGCCUCCCGGAGCCCGGCCUCCAGGUGAAGGUGGGGACACAGUGCUGGGUGACCGGCUGGAGCCAGGCCAAACAGCGCUUCUCAGCCAACUCCACACUGACAGCAGAACUGCAGGAGGCCGAGGUGUUCAUCAUGGACAACAGGAGGUGUGACCGGGUUUACCACAAGGACUCCCUCUACCCCCGAGGUGUCCCCCUCAUCCUGGGGAACAUGAUCUGUGCCACCAACUACAAAGAAAACCUGUGCUACGGAGAUUCCGGGGGGCCCCUGGCCUGCGAAGUCGAGAGCAGAUGGAUUCUGGCUGGGGUGCUGUCCUGGGAGAAGGCCUGUGCCAAAGCACAGAACCCCGGUGUGUACACUCGCGUCACCAAGUACACCAAGUGGAUCCGGGAGCAGAUGGGCAGCGGGGCUGUCCUGGGCCCCUGCCCCUCUGCCUGGGCCCUCCUCCUGCCCCCGCUGCUGCGGCCGCACGUGGGCCCCUGACCCCCGCCCCUUCUCGCCUGCCGUGCCAGCGCUGAAUGGGACCAGAUGGAAGUUUGACCAAGGUCAUGUGUCAUGGCCAAUGAGAGAGGUGGGGAGAGUCCCGGGGAGGCGGG